AUGGCCGCAGCAUCAUCUACUGGGAACCGACAAAUAUCCCGGAGUCGCUCAAGGGUGGUGUGCCAGAGAUGUCAUGCACGUAAAGUCAAAUGUGACUUGCUUCUGCACCUCCGCGAUAGAGGAAUCUGCACAAACUGUGAAAAACGCGCCGAAAUAUGCCGAAAAAGAGAACAUCCGAAGUCAUCAAAGCCCCAGCCGCGCCGGAAAUCCCAAGUCCCUGUGGUGACUCCUGGCCUUUCGUCGCAGGACAGUGUGGGGACAAACUCGCCAUCGGCCUCGUUAAUACAGGAUGAGGAGAUCUCCCGUCUCCCCGAACGAGUUCCAGGCUCCGCUAUUCCAGUUCAUUCGUCACCGGCCACUUCAGACAAUCAAGGCUAUAUAGGAGAGUUCUCUGUACUAUCUACCCAAGGCCCACUUUCUUGCGAAACUCCAGCUGUAGUUGGGGCUCUAUCCAAAUCGAUCGAGGUACAAAUUCAGACAUCGACAGGAGCUGAUCAACUACCCCCUAGACUAAUGACUGAAGCCCUGGGUUCUUUAUAUUUCAAAUACUUGUAUCAUCGAAUCCCAGUGGUGGACCAUCAAGACGUUGCCUUUGUGGGCUCCUCGACCCUUCUUCAGCAAUCUCUCUGCUUGGCUGGAUCUGUUCUCCGUCACCCAAAAUCAACAAAAAGUCUUGUCGAAAGCGAAAAAUUUUAUGCGAGAGCCAAGGUCCUCUUUUACUCAAACCAUGAGCAUGACCCACUUACUAUACUCAAGGCCGUAUGCCUCCUAACUCUAUGGACUGUGACACCCCCCGCUGUUGUGACUAUUGAUUCCGGCUGGAGCUGGCUUGGACUCGCCAUUCGGUUUGCGUUCCAGAUCGGACUUCAUAAAGAGUCAACAUACCCCCAGAGAUCCUCACCGGGCUGUGCUCGUCGCAUAGCCUGGUUCCUGUAUGCACAAGACAAGUUGCAUACAAUUUGUUUCGGGCGGCCGCAAAUGAUCCAACUACAAGACUUUGACCUACGACCACCUUCGGUAACCGACUUCGAGAACCCUGAAGAUGGACAAGCUCUUCAGUUUGUUCUUUACACAAAGUUGAUGAUGAUAUUAGCACAGAUGUUGCCUCUCCAGCAGCGUGAUCCGGCGGCAACUUCCGAAAAAGCCCUCGUGAUUAUCUCGGAUCUCAAAGAGUGGGUUGGAAAUAUGAUUUUGGAUCUUCAUAUCUUUGAUCAUUCAGGAAGACUGAUAUACGACCGAGCUCUCUAUGAGAUUCUCACUUGGUAUUUUACUUGCGUUAUAUCAUUUUUUCAUGUGCAUGGCAGAUUCUUUCAUCCUUCGGUCAUAUCUACAAUAACCCUCGUGGCGUCUUCUUGUAUUAUUCGCCUAUAUCAAGAAAUGGACUAUCGGGAUGAAAUCAACUACCUCAUGCCUAUCAACAACUGGUCCAUGAUGGUAGCCUCUCUCCCACAGUUAAGUAGCCUACGCCAUGAAAACAAUGCAGUCACAAGCGCAGAGCACGAUUCAGGCAUUGACCCUUUAUCCCUCGAGGAACUGGAUAUUCUCCUCGAAAUUAUGGCUGAGAGAACAAUAAAGUUCCCUGGGGCAGGAGCCGUGCUUGCAAAAAUAAGAAGAUUCAGAGCCGAAAUCGUGUCCCAGGGUGUCUCCUCCAAUGCUUUAUUCGGGAUACAUGAACCCAUCAAAAACCCCUGGCCAUGGAAUGAGAGAGCAUAUGUGACGAUACCAGAAAUUCCCGAAUUGUUCCCAUUCCCAAAGGAAAUAAGUCCAAGGAUGGAUUUACUUUACACGAUGGAAGUGGAUGAAUUUCCGACUGGACUUUUUGAGAAUUUCACGGACUGGUCGAUUGAGAACUUCUUCAAUCUGGACGACUUCAACCCCUGUCCCUAA